CAGCGGCCGCGGGCGGGCGGGGGCCGGGGCCGAGAGCUCUGAGGGGCGCGGGGGCACCGGCAGGGCGGCUUCCCCUCGGCCGCGGCGGCAGCUGAGGCGCGGGUGGGCGGCGGGGAGCGGGCCGGGGGCGGCGGUGCUGCCGGCGGGCGAGGCGCGGCGCGGUCGCCCCGGAGAUGCCCUUGUGAGGCGGCCCGGGGGGCAGCGGCGGCAGGAGAGCGCUGCCUCGGAGCGGCCCCGCGGCGGGGCGGAGGAACGCGCCCUCCCUCCGGGCACCAUUAAGAGGAAGGCGAUGGAGGAGCUGAGCGCGGACGAGAUCCGGCGGCGGCGCCUGGCACGGCUGGCAGGAGGCUCCUCGUCCCAGCCCAGCACGCCCCUGACGUCCCCGCAGAGAGAGACCCCUCCGGGGCCGCCGGCGCCGGGGCCCUCGCACAGCCUGGGCCUGGGCGGGCACAGCAUGACCCCAGCUACCUCCCCCAUCGGGGCCGCAGGAGUAGCCCACCGAAGCCAGAGCAGCGAAGGAGUGAGUUCCCUCAGCAGUUCUCCAUCAAACAGCCUUGAAACCCAAUCUCAGUCCCUCUCUCGGUCUCAGAGCAUGGACAUUGAUAGUGUCUCCUGUGAGAAAAGUAUGUCGCAGGUGGAUGUGGACUCGGGCAUUGAGAACAUGGAGGUUGAUGAGAGCGACCGCAGGGAGAAGCGCAGUCUGACCGACAAGGAACCUCUGUCAGGGUCGGAAGUGUCAGAGGAGCAAGCUCUACAGCUGGUCUGUAAGAUCUUCAGAGUCUCUUGGAAGGACCGGGACAGAGAUGUUAUUUUCCUGAAUUCACUCUCUGCCCAGUUCAAGCAGAACCCAAAGGAAGUAUUUUCAGAUUUUAAGGACUUGAUCGGGCAGAUUUUGAUGGAAGUGCUGAUGAUGUCCACCCAGGCGAGGGACGAGAACCCCUUUGCCAGCCUGACAGCCACCUCCCAGCCCAUUGCUGCAGCUGCCCGCUCUCCUGACAGAAGCCUGAUCUUAAAUAUGGGCUCCAACCCUGGAAGCAGCCCCAUGUUCUGUAAUGUGGGCUCCUUUGGUUCCAGCUCGUUAUCCAGUCUCUAUGGGACUAGUCCAUCUCCUCCUUGCAAUUUCACGAGCUGUGUACCCGUGACCGGCCCAUCUCUUGCCCCCCCGGCCGGUUCGGUGCCCCCCGUCUGCGGCAGCCCCUGGUGGGCGCCGCCCUCCUCCCCGCGGUACCGCCCCUACCCCGCGGCGCCUCCCGGCGGCUCCGGGGCCGCUGCCGGCGCCGCGGGCCCUCCCGCCGGGGCUGCCCCCGCGCCCCGGCACGGCCCCGCAGCCGCGGCCCCGCCGGUGAUCGCCGCCUCGCCCGGCGCCGUCCGCAGGCGUCCCUCCCUCGCGAGCAGGAUCCCUCCGAGUUUAUACGACAACCCUUUCUCCCUCCUCCUUCUUGCUGUUUCUGAUGUGUCUGAGGACAGUAGUGAUGAAGAAAAUGAAGAUGAUGAUUUUUCUUGUGUCCAGUUUGGGUCCAGUGUGGGAGGCUCUGGCAGCUCGAGUGUUUCCGAUUCCUGCAGUGACCACUUCACCAUUGAAAGCUGUAAGGAGACAGAGAUGCUGAACUACCUCAUUGAGUGUUUUGACAGGGUUGGAAUAGAGGAGAGGAAAGCACCAAAGAUGUGUAGCCAGCCAACAGUUAGCCAGUUACUGAGCAACAUCCGAUCCCAGUGCAUUUCACACGCUGCUUUGGUGCUACAGGGAUCCUUAACACAACCAAGGUCAUUGCAGCAGCAGUCUUUGCUGGUACCAUAUAUGCUGUGUAGGAAUCUCCCAUUUGGCUUCAUUCAAGAAUUGGUGAGAACAACUUACCAGGAUGAAGAGGUGUUCAAACAGAUCUUUAUUCCCAUCUUACAAGGCCUGGCUGUGGCUUCCAAAGAGUGCUCCCUCGAUAGUGACAAUUUUAAAUAUCCUCUUAUGGCCCUAUGUGAACUUUGUGAAAUCAAGUUUGGGAAAACACACCCCAUGUGCAGUUUGGUUGUCUCUUUGCCCUUGUGGUUGCCUAAAUCUUUAAGCACAGGUGCAGGAAGAGAACUGCAAAGACUUUCCUACCUUGGAGCCUUCUUCAGUCUGUCUGUCUUCGCUGAAGAUGAUAACAAAGUAGUUGAAAAGUACUUCUCAGGGCCUGCCAUUACUCUUGAGAACACCCGGGUUGUUAGCCAGUCUUUGCAACAUUACCUGGAAUUAGCAAGGCAAGAGCUGUUCAAGAUCCUGCACAGCAUCCUGCUGAACGGGGACACGCGGGAGGCGGCCCUCGGCUACAUGGCAGCUGUGAUCAACGCCAACAUGAAGAAGGCCCAAAUGCAGACAGACGAUCGUUUGGUGUCCACUGAUGGCUUCAUGCUCAACUUCCUCUGGGUACUACAGCAACUGAGUACGAAGAUAAAGCUGGAAACGGUUGAUCCCAUGUACAUAUUCCAUCCCAGGUGUCGAAUCGAGCUUCCCACAGAUGAGACAAGAGUGAAAGCAACAAUGGAGGAGGUUGCAGCCUGGAUUGCAGAGCUUUACAGGGACCCGUCUCCAUUUUCUGAGCCGAAAUUCCCAACGGAAUGUUUCUUCCUCACGCUGCACGCCCAUCACCUGUCCAUCCUGCCCAGCUGCCGUCGCUACAUCCGGAGACUGCGGGCCAUCAGGGAGCUCAACAGGACUGUUGAAGAUUUGAAGAACAAUGAAAGUCAGUGGAAGGAUUCUCCUCUGGCCACCAGGCAUCGAGAGAUGCUGAAACGGUGCAAGACACAGCUUAAGAAACUGGUGAGGUGCAAGGCUUGUGCAGAUGCUGGUUUGCUGGAUGAAAACUUCCUCAGGAGAUGCCUGAAUUUCUAUGGCAUGGUGAUUCAGCUGAUGCUUCGCAUCCUUGACCCUGCCUACCCCAACAUAAAAUUGCCUUUAACUCCUGAGGUUCCAAAAGUAUUUGCAUCAUUGCCAGAGUUUUACGUGGAAGACGUUGCUGAAUUUUUAUUUUUUAUUGUACAAUAUGCUCCUCAGGUGCUGUAUGAGCCCUGUACUCAGGACAUAGUGAUGUUCCUUGUUGUGAUGCUGUGCAACCAGAACUACAUCCGAAAUCCUUACUUAGUAGCCAAGCUGGUGGAAGUGAUGUUCAUGACAAAUCCAGCUGUGCAGCCCCGGACGCAGAAGUUCUUUGAAAUGAUUGAGAAUCACCCUCUCUCCACUAAAUUGUUAGUCCCCUCCUUGAUGAAGUUUUACACAGAUGUAGAACAUACCGGAGCCACCAGCGAGUUCUAUGACAAGUUUACAAUCCGCUACCACAUCAGCACCAUUUUCAAAAGCCUCUGGCAGAAUAUAGCUCACCAUGGUACAUUUAUGGAAGAGUUCAACUCUGGGAAGCAGUUUGUUCGCUACAUCAACAUGCUGAUAAAUGACACAACUUUCUUGCUGGAUGAGAGUCUGGAGUCCCUAAAACGUAUCCAUGAAGUGCAAGAGGAGAUGAAGAAUAAAGAGCAAUGGGACCUGCUGCCCAGGGAUCAGCAGCAGGCCCGGCAGUCGCAGCUGGCUCAGGAUGAGCGCGUGUCCCGUUCAUAUCUUGCCCUGGCAACAGAAACUGUUGAUAUGUUCCAUAUCCUUACCAAGCAGGUCCAAAAGCCUUUUCUCAGACCUGAACUUGGACCACGGCUGGCUGCUAUGUUGAACUUUAACUUACAGCAACUGUGUGGCCCCAAGUGCCGUGACUUGAAAGUUGAAAACCCUGAGAAAUAUGGAUUUGAACCAAAGAAGCUGCUGGACCAACUGACUGACAUUUAUCUGCAGUUGGAUUGUGCUCGCUUUGCUAAAGCAAUUGCUGAUGAUCAGAGGUCCUACAGUAAAGAGCUGUUUGAGGAGGUUAUCUCCAAGAUGAGGAAGGCUGGAAUCAAGUCUACCAUAGCAAUAGAGAAAUUCAAACUGCUGGCAGAGAAAGUGGAGGAAAUUGUUGCCAAGAACGCCCGUGCAGAGAUUGAUUACAGCGAUGCUCCAGAUGAAUUCAGAGAUCCACUGAUGGACACUCUGAUGACCGACCCCGUGAGGCUGCCCUCGGGAACCAUCAUGGACAGGUCGAUCAUCCUGAGGCACCUGCUCAACUCCUCCACUGAUCCCUUCAACCGUCAGACGCUGACGGAGAAUAUGCUGGAACCAGUGCCAGAACUUAAAGAGCAAAUCCAAGCCUGGAUGAGAGACAAGCAGAAUGACCAUUAGAAUUCCCUUGCAGUGCACGCCACCAUCAAUGGGCAGAGCAGGGCGUGGGCUGCUCUGGCAGGAGUGGAGCAGAUACACUUGGGAGCUGUGGCGGGGAUUGGCACGCCCACAGCACUGACUUGCAGUAGUGACCAGGAGCAUGUGGACAAGGAGAAAAGCAGCUUAACUCUUGUACAUAUAUUUAAGUGAUAACGAUGGUCAAUAACAUGGAGGACAAGCUAGGAAGUUACUUAUGUUACAAAACUGUCCUUCAAUAUGUCACAUUUUGGAGUUUUUACAGCUGAAUUAUUUUAGCAAAGACGAAUGGAUCAGGGCAGCAUCCCUUCAACCUUGUUUUUUACCGCCAGAUAUCCGUUAAUUUGAUUGUGGUUAGAACCUUGGACAUUUUGCUGCUAAAGUAACUUUCUUCUCUUUCCCUUCCUUUCUGUUCCACCCAUCAAACCUGCACUGCUGUCUUUUUCUUUUGUAAUGCAAAAAAAAAAUACAAA